GAAAGGAGACACUCAGGCAGCUCCAGGGUUUUCUAGAAGGGAGCCUCUGGGAUCUGCAGGCAUAUCCGGUGUCUAAGGUGGACUGAUGAGGUGGAUGCAGAGGCCCCCAUGGCUGUGAUAAGCCUGCUGUUCUUGGCAGUGAUGUAUGUUGUUCACCACCCCUUGCUGGUCAGUGACCGGAUGGACCUGGACACGCUAGCCAGAAGUCGGCAGCUGGAGAAGCGAAUGAGUGAAGAGAUGCGCCAAUUAGAGUUGGAGUUUGAGGAGCGGAAGCAAGCAGCUGAGCAGAGGCAGAAGGCAGAGAACUUGUGGAGAGGAGAAACAUCCGCUGAUCAGUUAAUGCUGGGGAAGACAGACACUGGGUGGACUGUCCAGGCUGAUGACCACAGCGGACCUUUGGGCUGGAUGCUGGGAAAUCUGUGGAAUGCUGGCCUCUUUUGCCUUUUUCUCCUUUUUGAGCUUGUGCGACAGAACAUACAGCAUGAGCCGGCAUUUGAUUCCAGCAGUGAUGAUGAAGAGGCAGAAGUCCGUGUUGUGCCUGUCACUUCCUGCAGCUGGUUUACUGACUUCCCUUCAGGGGUGGCCCUGGAUUCCUUUUACCAACACUACGUCUACAAUGCCAACCGCGACCUGCGCAGCACCUGUGAAUUUGUGGAGAGCUUUGUGGAUGACCUGAUCGAGGCCUGUCGGAUGCUCAGCCGCCGGGAGGCUCACCUGCAGUUGGAAGACUGCCUGGGCAUUGGAGCUGCCUUUGAGAAAUGGGGAACCUACCAGGAGACACAGAAGUUUGAUAUCCUGGUGCCCAUCGUCCCUCCUCAGGGCUUUAUAUUUGUCCUAGAGAUGAGGGACCCAGCUCUGGGCCGCCGCUGUGGCUGCGUGCUGGUGGAGUUGGAGUGCAUGUGUAAAUGUGAGAAGCUGCUGGGGGACGUCCUGUGCCUGGUGCACCACAACAGUGACCACCUGGCAGCCGCUGGGAAGUGGAACAGCUUCAUCAAGGGUUCCCUCUGCACUGGCUCGCACCUGGAUGUGUACAAGACUGUCCAGUGGUUCCGGAACUUGGUGGGCAAUGCCUGGGCCCUUGUGGCCCACAAGUAUGACUUUAAGCUCAGUUUACCACCAUCUGCCACCUCCUGUGAGCUCAGGCUAGACUACCGCUCAGGCCGCUUUCUCUCUGUCAGCUUGGUCUUGGGCGUGCAGCGAGAAGACACCUUGGUCUACCUGGUGAGUCAGGCCCCUGACCAGGAACAGCUCUCUAGUGUGAACUGGCCAGAGUCCUUUGCAGCCUGUGAGCACUUGUUCCUUAAGCUGAUAGGACGCUUUGCUCCGGAGAACACCUGUCACCUCAAAUGCCUCCAGAUAAUUCUAAGUCUACAGGAUCUUGAGAACUUACCCCAUGGGGCAUCUUGCCCUGUCCUCACUUCUUACCACUUCAAAACAGCCCUCAUGCACCUGUUGCUGAGGCUGCCCCUAACGGACUGGCAGCACAACAUGCUCUCUCAGCGGCUCCAAGACAUCCUUUGGUUCUUGGGCCGAGGCCUCCAGCAGAGGUCCCUCCAUCACUUCCUCAUUGGUAACACCUUCCUGCCCCUAACCAUCCCGAUCCCCAAGACAUUUCGGAAUGCUGAGCCUGUCAAUCUCUUCCAACACCUUGUGCUAAACCCUUCAGCACAUUCACAGGCAGUGGAAGAGUUUCACAACCUUCUGAACGAGGUGAAAAGUCUGCCUUCUGCUCCACUGGCUGAAGCAUAUUAAUGUAAAAACUAUUAAAAAAGGGGGGGAAGGUAUUUUUUUUAUUCCUCAGGCU